AUGUCGAACUUACAACCCCCAAAGCCACCACGAUCUUUCAAGUUUGUUGGUGGCCCGAGCAGGAAGCGGCGGAAACCAAAUUCCUUCGCUCCAAAGCCCCCUCAAAGAGUGGCGAGCAUCACCGACACCUCUCGAAAUCCCAACAGCAAACCUGGUGACGACAAGAACUCGGGCGAUGAGAAGCGAUCGCAGUGCGGCGCAUCUUUGCACCCGCCAUCGCAAUCGCCGCCACAACCUAAGCCUACGGCUGACCAUGAGGGGGGACACAGUGAAACCAUGAUUCCCAGUUCAUCUCAGGCGCCAACAAGUAUGUCUAUAUUGGACUCAAGCCUUCCUUGGCCGGUAGAAGCGACAGAUAAUGAUGGUAAUCUUCUUUGGGACUCGGGAAAUCAACACAUCGAACAUUAUUUCGAUUCAAUGGACCCCUCGUUUCUACUGAUGCCAUUCCUCGAUAACUUCGACGAUCUUGCCAGCUCCGAAGACUUAACUACGACCCCUAGUAACUCCGAUACUGGGAACUCGGAAAAUAAUGACUCGACGAAAUGCGGAACACAUAAUACGAUGGAUAAUACAACGAUAGUGGCUGGGUCAAAUAUCGUGCCCAAGUUUAAUGCAUUUUCUUCAACCAUCGGGGAUACUUUCUUAUCUGGAAAUGGGCUUAAUGAAUUACUGGCACAGUAUGAUCAAGAGUUUUGUAUAUGGCCGUUAACUUCAGAUUUCGAGGCCAAUCCCUUUCGAUGCGGUGCAACUGCAAGGCAAGAUUCGCAGUUACUGCUUCACUCAAUACUUGCAUUGUCAUAUCGACACAUUAACCGAGUAACCGGGACCUGUUCGAAAGAGGCCAAGGAACACAAGGCCUUGGCGCUAAAACUAUUGAAUGAGACGCAAAGCGAGGCGGACGUGUUGAAAAUCGAUACCGAUAUGCUUGAUGCUAUCCUUGUACUAUUUACUCUUGAUUGUGCAACUUCGGCGUACGGGUCAUGGACGUCACAGCUCCGCUCUGCACACCGUGUACUCGUCGGAAUAGAGGAGAAUGGUAAGCCAAGAACACGACGGAUACAAGCUCAGAUAGCCAUGUUGGUUUGGUGGGACGUUACGCUGGCUUUGACAGUGAGGAAGGGUUGCGUACUGCCGCAAACAUACCACUCUGAUCUUCGAAACUACAACCCUGACGGUAAAGAGACGUUUUAUAGCGUCUCCGGAUGUCCGGAGGAGCUAUUUCGAUAUAUGAUGCGAAUCGGUCAAUAUGCCAGAGAAGUUGAGCUCGUCGCAACAAUGACGUGUGUAACUUUUGACAAUGGCCCGAUUCUUGCGGUCGAGGAAAGUAUUCGGAAUUGGAAUGCUCGAGAAUAUUCACAGUACUCCUACGAUGAUGCCACGCUCUGGACUACGGACACACCAUCCACAGACGGCCGCGAUCUAGAGGAAAUAGUAAAUUAUCGCCAAGACCUUCAUCACUGCGCCGAGGCCUGGAGGUACACUUUGCUUCUGUAUAUUCAAAGGGUUUUCAAGUGGGACAGAAAAUCACAGCCCCCUUCCCUUCUUGCACUUCUCGGGCGUAGGAUCCUCAAUCAUGUUGCAUCCUGCAGGAGGAGUACACUACUACAGAAACAGCUCCUGCUUCCUGUUUUCUUCGCUGGGUGUGAGACCAAAGAUCCAGAUUUGCAACGAAUUGUGAAGGAGUAUUGCGAAUGGUGGAGCGCACAAACUCGAUACGAUAUGUUUCUGACCGCUUCGGCUCUGCUUGAAGAGAUAUGGAGCAAAAGCAGUCCACUCGACUGGUGGGGCUCUGUAGUAGAUGAGAAGAGCCAGCCAAACGUGAAUGGAGACUCACGUCAAUAUUUAUUUGGAUGA